UGUUUAUUUCUAUCUGGUUUGUCUCAGUAGGCAUACCAUAGUUUGUAGACUACGCUGUGCAGCAUGGCAACUUUUUUCCGGCAUAUUACAGGACUUCUGAGACCACUCAUUCCUUUGGCUCAGAUAGGUACGUACAUUGGUCAACAUGCUUGCAAAGUCUCUACUUUGAACUUCACCUAUGUCCAGAGGCCAGCAGUAGGUAUUACUGCCAAAUUCAUGCCAUACGAAGGAAGUAGCCUAAGCUGUUUAUACAACCAGCCUAUUCUUCAAAAAGUAUCACAUCUUCUCCCAAGUGGGCCACAUCAGCCAGUUAGACCACUCACAUACUUUGGUUUGAGAAAAGGAAAGAGAAAAACUGUUAAAUCUGUUGUCCACAGAUUUCUCCGCCUACACUGUGGUCUUUGGUUAAGAAGAAAGGCCGGCUAUAAGAAGAAACUCUGGAAAAAGAGUGCUGCUCGGAAGAGGCGUUUAAGAGAGCAUGUCUUCUGUAACAAGACGCAGAGCAGACUUCUAGACAAGAUGACGACUUCAUUUUGGAAGCGGCGAAACUGGUUUAUUAAUGACCCAUACCAGAAAUACCAUGAUCGUACCAAUCUUAAGGUGUAAAGUAACAUGGAAAAGGCUCGCUCGCACAGAUAUGUAGAAGAAAAUGGGAAUCAUUUCCGGAGAGCUUUGUCUGCUAAUUCUGGAUAAAUGUUUCUUACUGACAACCAAAAGGCAGACUGUUUUGUAUAAAAACAGUUUAUAAAGAACCAUCACAUGGCAGCUCUACCAAAUUGUCUUGUUCUGGGGUAGUCAAAUCGUUGAUUUCAUCUAUUUUUUCACAACUGAAUGGAUCUCCGAUCCAGUUUUUAUUACAGUGUGGUGGAGGAAAAUAAAAUCUAAAGGUUUAUUUCAAA